AUGGGCGGAAAAUAUAAAAUUGUCAUGAUUCGCCAUGGCGAAAGCGAAUGGAAUCAAAAGAAUCUGUUUUGUGGCUGGUAUGAUGCUGACCUCAGCGAGAAGGGUCGCGAUGAAGCUAAGGCAGCUGGCAAAGCAUUGAAGGCUGAAGGGUAUCAGUUUGAUGUAGCUCAUACAUCGGUUUUGAAACGCGCCCAGAUCACACUGAAUUCCAUCCUGCAGGAGAUCGGGCAGACUGAUUUGCCUGUAAAUAAGACUUGGCGUUUAAAUGAAAGGCACUACGGGGGUCUUACUGGCCUAAACAAAGCCGAAACUGCUGCAAAAUAUGGAGAAGCCCAGGUUCAAAUUUGGCGCCGAAGCUUUGAUACCCCUCCUCCACCCAUGGAGAAAGACCACCCAUACUAUGAUACCAUCGUUAAUGAUCCCCGCUACGCUGGUGACCCAAAACCCGGGGAGUUCCCAAUGUACGAAAGCUUGAAACUGACCAUUGAAAGAACACUGCCAUACUGGAACAAUGUUAUUGUGCCACAAAUCAAAGAAGGCAAAAGAAUUAUAAUUGCAGCACACGGCAACAGCUUGCGUGGCAUAGUGAAGCAUUUAGAUGGACUCAGCGAUGCUGCUAUAAUGGAGCUGAACCUUCCCACUGGAAUACCGUUUGUUUAUGAGCUUGAUGAGAACAUGAAGCCGGUAGACUCUAUGGUCUUCCUCGGUGACGAAGAGACCGUCAGGAAGGCUAUGGCUGCUGUGGCCGCUCAAGGAAAGGCCAAGUGA